AAAUGGAAACCAGAAGACGUUCUUCACGUCUUCAACAACAAACUACGUCUGAUUUAAAUGCUCGAGAGGAGCCUCAACCAUCGGAACCACCGGUGAAAAGAGCUCGCGGAGCCAAGAAAAACGAGGCCCCAUCCACUGCUCCAAUGCCACCAAAAACCACCAAAAAAUCCACAAAACCGAGCCGAAAACAAGGUUCGCCGAUCGAAGCGGAGCUCGACGAGAUGGGAUUCGAGUUGGAGAACGAAGAAGAAGCUGAAAUUGUUGUGCAAAAGUCCAAGAAAAACGGCCGAAAAUUGGUGAAAAUCGAUGAAAAUUUGCGAAUUUCUGCUGAAAAUGGCUCAAAAUCAUCGAAUUUUUUGGAAGAAAAUCGCAUGGAAAUUGAUGAAAAACCAGGAAAUUUGGCUAAAAAAUCCUCGAAAAAUGGCUCAAGGGUGGUGAAAAGCGAUGAAAAAUCGGAAAAUUUGGUUCAAAGUGUUCCAAAAUCUACUACAAAUGGCUCAAAAGUUGCAAUUAUCGAAGAUGAUCCGGAAAUUCGGGCUGAAAAUGGCGUAAAAUCUUCAAAAUCUGACGAAAAACCGGAUUUUUCGGCUCAAAAUGGCUCAAAAUUGGCUCAAAAUGCUCCAAAUCGAAUUUCCCGCCCACGUAGAUCAGUCACAACCGCCAAAAAAGUGUCCUACGUGCCAAGUGAUGAUCAAUUGGAGUUGAGCUCAUCGAGCUCCGAACUUGAAUCCUCUUCAGAAGACGAGGACACUGAAAUUCGUCCGAAAACUGGCUCAAAAAUUGCGAAAAAACGCGAAAAAUCGUUCAAAAUUUCGGAAUCUGAGAGCAGCUCGGAGAGCCCCGACGAUGAGUCUGAAGCUUCUGAAGCAUCGGAGGAUCCUUCAAUUCCAGGACCUUCGGAGCCCAGAAAACGACGAAAAAUUCAGAGAAAAUCAACGUUGUCAAGCGGCGGAGCCACCACAAAAGACCUUCACUGGCCAAAAUGCUCCAAAGCAUCGAUCGCUAGAAAAACUGGAAAUCCAGGCAGCAAAAACGCGGCGAAAAAGCCGGCAAAAUCGAGUCUUCGAAUGGCUCAGAAACAGAAACCCGAUCAGCCGUGGAAGAAAAAUUUGAAAGACUACGAAACCGAUCGUAAAUUGGCAAAAGGUGAACGUCGUAUGCUUGAAUAUCGCCACGUGGCACACGCCUACGUAGCACGUGGAAAAAUCGAAGAAAUCACGUAUGACGAGGCCUACAAACUGCACGAAAUGAUGAAAAAAGCCUAUUUCGCGGGCCGCUCGUUGUUGGAUGCAGCAGUUCUGGAUCCCGUCGAAUUUGAAAAAUCUCAAAAAAAUGUGAAAAAAUCGGAGAAAAACGACGAGAAAAACACGGCGGGAGAUUCGUCGUCGUCGGAAGAUGAAUGGGAAGAAAUGGAGCAUUUUCAACCACCGAUUAUUGAUGAUAAUAUUGAAGUAUCGAUUGAUCAUGAAGGUGGAGGAGGAGAUGAUGGAGAAGAAGUUGUGAAGGAUUGGUGGGCAAUCUAUUUGAGACAGGAGAUUAAUCGAAAAAUUCGAGAGAUGUGGGAGAAUACUCAUAAGGUACAUCUUCUCUGCUUCAUGGCCCAUCUGAAAUUUGUUGUGAAAAUUGCCCUAGACGAGUCGCUUGUCCCAUCACUAAUGAUGUCCCAACUUCCAAAUGGAUAUCUAAAAUUUAUUGGAGAACCCGUUGUGCCAAUUGAUAUCAUGAAAAAUCUCGUUAAAUGGUUCGCCGACGCGUUCCGUCCACUUAAUGGUGUCGUGUCGGUUGCUUCUAUCGAACAGGAUUCUCUUUUGGAAGGACAUGAAGCUCGUUAUCCUGAAACAAGAAGAUUGACGGCUCUCGUUGAUGCGAAAUGCUUUGAAACUGACUUGGAUAGGGCUACGCUUCUCUUCUGUUUGCUCCGCGGCCUUGAGCUCACCACACGACUCGUAGUCAAUGUACGUGCAAUUCCACGAAGAUGGGAUAAAACUCAACAAAAAGAGCUUCAAAAUGAGUUGAGCAAGUUCCGUGAGCUCAGCCGAUCGAGAAGUACAACUCCAGGCGAAAAAUCACUAGAAAUUCAGGAGAAAUCCGGCGAAAAAUCGCAAAAACCGGCAAAAAAGGGCCAAAAAUCGGAGAAAAAAGCAGCGAAAAAAGUGGUGGUGGAAGAGCGAAAUUAUUGGGUCGAAUAUUGGCAACCACGUGAAAAACGUUGGAUUUGUGUCGAUCCGUUGCAUAAAAGUGUCGACGAACCGUUGAGUAUUCAUGAGCACUCGGCGAGCCCCAUUUCAUACGUUUUUGCUAUUGAUAAUAAACAAGGAAUCUGUGAGGUCUCACAACGAUACGCAAUGGACUGUGUAAAACAGGAUUUUCGUCGACGCCGUACAAAUCCGAAAUGGGUUGCUUGGACCCUCUUUUUGCCUCCGUUCGCCGCAAAUUCAGAACGAAAAAAGUGGGAAAUGAUGCAAAUGAGAGAGGAUUUGGUGAAAAGACCGUUGCCAACGGUUAUGUCGGAAUAUAAGAAUCAUCCAUUAUACGCUCUGGAAAAGGAUCUCCUAAAAUUCGAAGCAAUCUACCCACCACCCGCAACCCAAAAACCACUCGGACAAAUUCGCGGGCACAAUGUCUACCCAAGAAGCACCGUAUUCACACUUCAGGGCGAAAAUAAUUGGCUGAAACUGGCGAGAAGCGUGAAAAUCGGUGAAAAACCGUACAAAAUCGUCAAAGCUCGUCCGGAUCCGCGUAUUCCUGUUGAAGAUCGAGAGGACAAGUUUCUGGAUGUGUAUGGAUAUUGGCAGACGGAAAAAUAUCGAAGACCACCGUUGAAAAAUGGUAAAAUUCCGCACAACGAGUAUGGCAACGUGUACAUGUUUAAUGAAAAUAUGUGUCCACUGGAUUGCACUUAUCUAAAACUAUCAGGAUUGGUUCAAAUCAGUCGAAAAUUGGGAAAACAGUGCAUUCCAGCAGUUGUCGGAUGGGCUUUUGACGGUGGAUUCACGCAUCCUGUUAUCGACGGAGCAAUUGUGCUUGAAAAGGACGCCAUUGAUUUUAUCAAUGCUUGGGAGAAGCUGGAGUCCGGAAGAGCCGAGAAAGAGGAAAAACAACGCGUCGAAAAAAUCCACGAAAACUGGAAAAAGUUGAUCAAAGGAAUGCUGCGUCUCGCAUACGUCCGAAAACAAUUUGGACAUCCCGCGGCGGAAAAACCGACAAAACGACAGAAAAUCGGUGGAAAAACCGAAGAAAUUGAAGAAAAUGAAGGUGGUGCUGGACCCCCGUCUUCGGUAGAUCAUAUCACUGAUAACACAGAACAGAUCACACCGAUGCAUGGAUUCUCGUUGGAUGACUUUAUUAAUAAGAAAAAAUGAUUUUUUUCCCCCAAAUUCCUAUCCCUGCUGAAACUGAAUUUUGCCUUAAAAUAUCCAAAAUAAUCGCAAAAAAAAAAAUUGAAAAUCAGCGAAUUGAAUUCCCUCCACAAUGAGAACCGCGACCAAUCAGCGCUUUCAACUCCGCCCACCUCGUCUGAUUGGUCGUGAAGUUCUCGGAGUUUUGAAAUUUCCGAAUUUUCUUAUGCAAUAUUUGGAACAAAUCAAGAAAAAUUUAUUUUCGAAAAUUUUAAUUUUCAAACGUUUAAAAAAAUUCGAAAUUUUUGAAAAGUAGAAAAUUAGCCCUUUUUUAAAUUAAAAAUUUCUGUAAUAAGAAUUUUUGAAAGAAAAAAAAACGAUUUUUGGAUAGAUUUUCUGGAAAUCUACGAAAUUUUUUGGAUUUUCAAAUAAUUUUCGAAUUUUUCUGCCAAAAAUUGCGAUAAAAAUUCCAUUUUCCAGAUUUUUCUUACGCAAUAUAUGGAAAAAAGUGAAAAUUUUAAAAAAAACCCAAAUUUUCGGUAUUUUUUAAAUUUUUCUUUAAAAAAAAUCGGAAAUUUAAUAUAUAUUUUUUUUAAACUCCUAAAAUCCGAUAAAUUUUCUAGAAAAGUACGAAAUAAUUUCAAGUUUUUGGAUUUUCAAUAAAUAAUUGUUUGAAUUUUUCUGGCAGAAAUCGCCAAAUUAAAAAAAAAAAAUUUUUUUAAUUUUCGCACGGAAAAUUUUGAAUUUUUAAGGCAAAAUCCCCAUUUUUCAAAAAAUUAGAAAUGCAAUUUCUUCAAAUUUUCCCCAUCCAAACGUGCUGUUGAUGUAAAUUUAAUGCUUUCUCCCCCCUACAAAGUACCUUUUUCUAUAAUUUUUACGGCAAUUCUCGGAUUUGCCAAUUUCCAACCAAAAUCGACGACCAAUAUCAAGCCCUUUUUUGUUAUAAAAUUCACUUUUUUCUACUGUUUCCCUGUCUAAAAAUCUGAAUUUAUUAAAAUUAUUUAAUCUAAACUCCCCCCCCCCCCCCCUAAUGCUUAACCUACUGGUUAUUGUACUUUAAUCCCCCCCCAAAUCUCUCAACGCAUCUCAUUCACUUAUAGACCUCAUCACACUGUUGAAUUGUUAUUUCCAGGUCUGAAAUAAAAUUACGUAACGGGAA